UUCCUCCAGCUCUUGGACGAGUUUCCGAAAAGCGGUACACGUGCAAGUGCUAACAAUACCGUGAUCAAAUCAUGAUGUCGUCAGACAUCGCCAGUGUCCUGUGUGCAUUGCUGCUACUGAUUUCCGCCACGCCCAAGCUUCAGGUGGCUGGCCAGAAUGUAGAAUUCCUUCCAACUCCCAUAGUCCUGGCACAGGAGGUCCAAACUGGUUGUCCCGAUAUCGACAUUGAGAAUGGACGCGCACAACUGAGGACAUUCACCGAUUUAGGGGUGACGACAGCAACGCUGAGAUUCCUCUGCACACCACCUUACAUACGCAAUGGUAUUCAGGACGCAGAGUGUGCGUCAUCGGCCGAUGGAGAACGCGUUCUGGUGAAUGGUGCAGUUCCCCCUACAUGCGAGCCUCCUCCCUGUGGCCAGCCGCCGUCUAUCGAGAAUGGCCGAAGGGAGUUCAAUGGAACAGUUUAUCUGAACAAGGCGGUAUACAGAUGCAACCCAGGCUAUACGAUUCAAGGCAAAGAAGAGCUGGAGUGCCAGGCAAACGGAACAUGGACAGGCCCAGCUCCCACGUGUUGUGUGAGAUGUCGUGCGCAACUCCCAGUGAACUUCCUCGCCAACUCUCAAUCAGUAACGCGCAGUGCCAGCGUUCCUCAUUGCGGCCAGACUGCUGCCGAUAUCAUUGUGGUCGUGGAUGAGUCCAAGAGCAUGAAGCCACAUUAUAAGGAAAGACUCCACGAGGCUUUCACAAGGUUGGACGUCAGCCUAGAGGAGCAUGGCAUCGGUCUCUACCCCGGCAAGCCAAACCAGUACACCGUAGUCGGAUUUGGCCAUUCGGAAGGCAGGACAAGUGUAAACGGAGUCCAUAGAUACGUUCCACAUGUCCUCUACAGCAACAAUGGACGUCAGGUGUAUGACAUCAAUGGUUUCCAGGAGGCAUGCUCUAAACUGCAGACCACAGGCUCCCUGGAGGAUGGUUAUCUGGCGAUGAAAUUCGCUCUGGAGGACAUCACAUCGGGAGGACGACAAUUACUCCGACUGAGGCGUGAAGAUAUCGCACCCGUUAUUAUCUUCAUUUCGGAUGAAGACAGGGAUACCCACCAACAAGGAGCAGGUAUUUCACGCAGCGCCAUCAAGAGAAUAAUUCGCAAGAGUGGAGCCACAAUGGAAGCGAUUGUAGACAACAACGUCUGGUAUAACAACCAGCGAGGUUUUGGAAUGGAUUCCAGCGGAACGCUGUACGUCGCUGAGAGCACUACACGGUACACAACAUCAAACCCAAGGUUCUACAAACGUUACCUGGACUUGCACUACAGGACCACACGCCGUGACUACUCCUCCGUGGCCUUGGAGGUCGGCGGCGCUGCAUGGGACUUGAACUCAAUCCUGGACAGUGAUGUGCUGUUUGAUUCGCACGUCCAAGCGUUCGUCGACAAGACGGUGACCAUGGUGGAGGACAAGGUGCAUAAGUGCUGCUCAUGCCAAUGCUCGCCAGGCACAGAGGACAGAUGCUUGCUCUGCACGUAUGCAUUGUCUGUUGGGGAGUGUAACCUUCCCGCUGUCAUUGCUGGCUAAUGGGAUACAGUCAUGUAACAUUACAUUCCAUAUUCGAACAGCUACAAUGUAGCUGUUUCGACCUUGUUAGGUCUCCUCAGUACAUAGUCAUCUACAUAAACACACUUCAGUACAAUGUAUUCUGGCUGUUCUGGUGCACGGUUUUUUCUAAAUCUUUUUAAAACAAAAUAUGGCCUACUCCACUGAUGCGUUUUGCAGUUCAAUUCCAGGAUUUCUAGAAUUUACCACUGUUCGAAAAGACCUUUCCCCAAUUCUUA